GGCUGUAGAUAACUCUUCUGAUGCUGUUUAAAGUGAUGAAGGUGGCUAAAAAAAUACGAUGGUGCAUAAUAUGAAAAAUAUGGGUUCAAUGGGGAAUGCCAUUCCUCUUUCCUAUGGAUAGAUUUUGUAGGAGAUCAGAGUUUCUUCUUGGCAGUCAAAGUGUGAUCAUCAUUAUAUUCAUUGUCUAGUCUGUCGUAUUUUACAAUGGAAUUUUUAAGCUUCAACACAGCAACAAAAGAUUUAUCUUUGAAAACUGCUCCAAUUCCAAUUCCAGAAAAAGAUGAAGUUUUGGUCAGAGUUGCUUACUCAGGAGUUUGUGGAACUGAUCUUCAUAUCCUUGAAGGUCUAUUUCCAACCAAGAAUGAUGAUUCGUUAAUCUUAGGCCAUGAAUUUGUAGGAACCAUUGAAGGUUUAGGCAAUGAAGUGAAAAAUCUAAAAAUCGGCCAAAAAGUUGCCGUCGACCCCAACAAGGGUUGCAAUAAAUGCACUGACUGUUAUAGAGGAUUUUAUCAUUUUUGUGAAAGUGGACGAAUCAAUUUUACAAUAGGAAUUUUUAAAAAUGGAGGUUGGGCAACUCAUGUAAUUGUUCCUGAAUCUCAAAUUCACUUAAUGCCAGAUGACAUAGAUAUGCUUCAAGCUGCAUUAGCUGAACCAUUGUCAUGUAUUAUUCAUGGCUGGGAUCUGAUUAAUCCUAUUACUAUUGGCAGUAAAGUUCUCAUCAUUGGAGCCGGAAUUAUUGGACUACUUUGGGCAUGUACUUUACAUCUACAUGGCUUAAGAAAAACUGUAACCAUUAGUGCAGCAAUGCCUAUGCGACAAAAAAUUGCUGAAAACCUAGGUUUGGAGUAUGAAGUAUGUACGCCAGAUCAAUUAGAAGGAAAAAAAUUCGAUUUUGUUAUUGAUUGCAGUGGUUCUGCAUCAGCUAUAGAAUCUGCUUUUCCUUUACUCAACAAUCGUGGAACCCUUUGCAUUUUUGGAGUCGCUAAUCCUACAGCAACAAUGAAAAUCAAUCCUUUUGAGGUAUACAUGAAAGAAUUAAAAAUUUUUGGAGUCAAAGUCAAUCCAUUUACAUUUCCAAAUGGAUUAUCAUUAGUACAAACUAUGGGAAAUCAAUAUCUUAAUCAUGAAAAAUUGGGUAUUCAUGUUUGUAAAUUAUCUGAAUACGAAGAUGCCAUACAUGCCUUACGUGAAAAACAAAUUACAAAAGUGAUAUUUGAAUUGUGUUAAUGAUUAGAAUAAAUAAAGUAUAUUUAUUAAAAUUAUUGAAUAUUUUAUCUAAAAAUGAUUUUGUUAAAAAUUUUUGGGAGAAAAAUUUUGUCCCAAGCUGGAGGCGUAAAAUAUUUUUUACAUGAAAAAAACGAAUAAAAAAAAACAUAAGUUAACGAGAAAAAUUUGCGGUGAUUUCAGCUUAGAUAAGCCCAGCCUUAAAGUAUGUUCUGAAUUAGAACAUUACAUAGGUUCCACAAUUGUUACACAGAAUCGGUACAGAUUUUAUUGUUUUUAUAGAAGAUUGUGAAACAGCUUAUUUUUUUUGAUGUUGUUAUAAGAUAAAUCAAUCAUUCUUAUUUUUUUUAAUAAAUGCUCUCUUAAACAGAAUCAGUGAAAACUACUGCAAUUCAGUGAAUAUUCACUGAUUGCCAGUGUCAAUGAUAUUACAAAAAGAAUCAGUCAUUGUAUUGGCACUGGAUAUCAGUGAAUAUUCACUGAUUUGCAGUAGUUUUUACCGAUUCAGUUUAAAUACAAUCGAAUUGAUAAUCCAUCACGUUAUAAGCUAUUUGUAUUAUGUAUGUACAAAAUAUAUACAAGAGUAAAAACAAAAAA